UCAGGAUGUAAACGUUAUUUGCAAUUAGUGCUGUGCGGUGCAACUACUUCAGAACCCUACUUAAUCAUAGACAUGAAAAGAAUUCAUUGCAAAUUACUCCUGUGUUGUUUCGGAAUUUCUAACAAUCGAAGCAAUAAUAAAUAAUGUAUUCCAUUGCGUAUUUAUUCCUUGGGAUGCUGAUUAUUCUUAAAUUAAACAGCUCUAUUUCUCAUUAUCAACUGAAAUAUUAUGAGAUUUUAAAAGCUUCAGAUAUUGGUCACACUAUUACUAAACGAGGAACACAUGCUAGCUCACAUCAUUUCAACAAAGUCAAAGAAGUAUCUUUUAAAGCCUUGGGACGACAAUUUCGCCUGAUUCUUAAUCCUACGCAAGGCCUACUAUCAUCACAAUUCAAAGCAUUUACGAUUGACCGAAAUGGUCACAAGAAGUCACUUUGGGUAGAUAAAGAUGCAUUCUUUGAAGGAAGAGUAUUUGGUGAAACUGGUACUCGUGUCAGUGCUCAUAUUGAUGAUGGAGUUCUCACGGCAGCAAUUAAAACUUCUGAGGACACAUACAUUAUUGAACCAUCUUGGAGACAUAUUCCCGAUGAAGAUUACUCAAGUAUGAUAGUUUAUAGAGGUUCUGAUGUCAAGUACAGUUGGGAGUCAGCACCAGAUAAAAAGAAACUAACCGAGUUCUGCACUUAUGUCAGAGAAGAUGGAAAUGCAACUGUGGAUAUGGAAGAAGGAAUUGUGAUUGAUGAAAGAGUGAUCAGCAAAAGACAAGCUAUUGAUCCGUAUAAUUGGGAACCAGUUCAAACUCGAUGUUCAUUGUUACUGGUUGCUGACUUCAGAUUUUAUACAAAUAUGGGUGGCAGUAACUUAAAAGGAACUAUUAAUUUUCUGAUCUCCUUAAUUGACCGUGUUAAUAAAAUAUUCUUGGAAACUGAAUGGAAAGAUAGUGAACGACAGUCUGGUUUUAGUGGUAUGGGAUUUGUGAUUCAGGAAGUCAUGGUGCAUACAGAGCCAACACCUGUGAGUCGAGGUGAAACCCAUUACAAUAUGGCUGGAGCAUCAUGGAAUGUUAGAGAUUUAUUAGAAGUUUUCUCUCGCAAUUUGAAUCAUCGUUGGUUUUGUCUUGCUCACUUGUUUACAGACCAAAAAUUUGAUGGCGGAAUUUUAGGCCUAGCUUAUGUAGGUUCACCUCGUAGGAACUCUGUAGGUGGCAUAUGUAGUCCAGGGUAUGUCAAAAAUGGUUACACUCUUUACUUGAAUUCUGGAUUGAGUACUUCUAGGAAUCAUUAUGGGCAGAGAGUUAUUACAAGAGAAGCUGAUUUAGUCACUGCUCAUGAAUUUGGUCAUAAUUGGGGAAGUGAACAUGAUCCGGAUUUAGCAGAAUGUUCUCCAGAUGGCCGCCAUGGAGGAUCGUUUUUAAUGUACACUUAUUCAGUUAGUGGCUAUGAUCCAAACAACAAAAAAUUUUCACCUUGUAGCAUACGUUCUGUGCGUGCUGUUUUACUUGCCAAAGCAAGUAAAUGCUUUUCUAAACCUGAAGAGUCCUUUUGUGGAAAUUCUUUGGUUGAAGAAGGAGAAGAAUGUGAUGCAGGAUUUAUUGGAAGUGAAGAUAAUGACCCUUGUUGUGACAGCACAUGUAAGUUAAAGAUGGGAGCUAUAUGCAGUGAUAAAAAUGCUCCAUGUUGCCGUGGUUGUCAACUGGUUCACAGAGGAAUUAUUUGCAGAGAAUCUCAGCCAAGUGCUUGCAAAAGGGAAGCAUAUUGCUCUGGUGAAUCGCAAGACUGCCCAUCCUCUAUGGCUCAACCUGAUGGCUCUCCUUGUUUAGACAGAGGGAAAUGCAGAGAUGGAGAAUGUGUCCCGUUCUGUGAAACCCUUGGUUUGCAUUCCUGCUUGUGUGACAGAGAGGAAGAUGCAUGCAAGCGAUGUUGCAGGCCAACACAAAACUCAACUUGUCGUCCUAUUGAACCAACUGAAAUUCUUAGAGAUGGUACACCAUGUAUCCAUGGUUAUUGUGAAAAUGGAGAGUGUAAGAAAACUGUUCAAGAUAUUGUUGAAAGAUUUUGGGAUAUUAUUGAAGAUAUUAAUAUCAAUACUGUUAUGAAAUUUCUGAAUGACAAUAUUGUUGGAACAGUUGUGAUAGUAUCUCUAGUUGUAUGGAUACCAGCUAGUUGCCUGAUUAGUUAUGUCGAUCGUAAAAGAAGAGAAGAAUAUGAAAGAGUUAUUAGUGGGAAGACGAAAAGAGAGAAUUCUAAACCAUUUCGGUUACCAACAGAAAAAGGAACUCGGGUUAUACAUAUUAAACGGCAGAACCGGUUUCGUCCUGAAACAGCCAGUUCCAGAGCAGCUCCAGCUUCAAAGGAGUGUUACCGUUAUUAUGGAGACCAUAAUGAUAGACUUUUUCCUAGAGCAACUUAUAGACCUGAGCCAUCUCCUCAACAUCAUUAUGCUCAUUCAGAUUCAGAAUAUUAUGCUCCUCGACAGAGACAUUUCCCACACAUUAGAAAUGCUCACGGAGCAGAAGAUACUCAUUCACCUAGACCAAGACCCCCAAGUGUUGUCACUGAAGCAUUUACAGCUUUGUGACAUAUGAGACAGUGUGUAGAUAGGGCUGCUGCACGAAUCGCUCAAGUACAAGCCAAAAACUAAAUUCUUUCAGUACAGAUACCUAUUUAGGCUCUGUCUGCUAAGAUACUGUGCAGCACUACCCUUCUACACACUGUUUUUUUGUCCCACUGUGAUAAAAAAAAAAAAAUCUUAUGUGCUUUAAAGUACAAAAACAUUAACUGUUUAAGCAUAUAAUCAAAGUUGGUUACUUUUCACCAUGAAACUUUAACAUUAAGAUUUUAAAUAAUUUUUAUCUGUGUUUUUCACAUGCAAUUACUUAAAUAUUUAUGUGACAAAGUAUUGCAGAACAAGGAAAAAAAGUGUAAGAUUGUUGCAUAAAAAUUAAAGUUUUAACUAUUUUCUGCAUAUUUGUUACGUUACAAUUCUUGUAAAUAAGGUUUAACAUGUAAAAAUAUCAUAUGUAAAUAUGUCCUUGUUGAUUUGGAUAUUUUAUUGCGAAAACUGCUUUAAUACUCCAUUAAGUGUUCAGAUGAAAACGUUAGUAGCAUUCUUGCCUACUCUUGCAAGAGUAUAUUAUGGUGUAAAUUGAAGAUGUAUUUUGUGUGUUAAACAUGAAAUAUUCAAUUUAUAUAUGAAGCAAUGUUCCAUGUUGCCAUAACUUUUUGCUGAUGUUAUUCAUUAAUGUAACAUACCAUUUUUUACUCAUUUUCAUAAUAUAUCAUCAUUUCAGCUAGUAGAUAGUGAGCUAAUGAUACAAAAAGCACUAAAUGAGCAAAUGACGUAUUUGAAUGGUUUUAUUCAUCAUUUCUCAUCGUAGUUUUGAAUUGGUUGUUGACCUGGCAUAAAACAAAAAAUUAAUGCUUCAGUCACAAAAUUAUUUUCGAUGCACUGAUAUAGGAUGCAAUAUUGCAUUUAGAUAUAGAAAUAAAAAUAUGUGUUUUAUGAAUUGCCAGACAUCUGUAUGAAAACUGAAUCAGUAAUUGACUAUUCAAAUUUCCAAGAAUUGUGUAUGGUAUUGUCUUGCAAAGGUUCAACAAGUUUGAUAGGAAGGCCAAAACUGUUUUGUCUCAUGACAAGUCAUGAUAGCAUUAAUUUCUUAACUUUUUUCUUUAUCCCUGCCAACAUCCCAAAGUAUUAUGAGCAUUAGGAGGAAGUGUGUUUUUAUGAGUAAGCAGGAUUCAUGUUUACUAUUUUUACUCAAUGCUUCUGAGGGAGAAAUGCAUUUAUUUUAUUUGGUUAUUGACUAACAAACUAAGACAACUUAACAGAAUUAUUUUCUGAUCGUAUAGGCUAUGAUUCAUCCAAGGUAUUUCUGGCAUCUAGCCAGAAUUAUUAUAGGAAGUCAUCCAUCUACAAAUUUGGAAAAUAAUUCUAAAAUUGCUGCUAGCUGUGAAAGUUUUAGAUCUUGGGGCCGCCCCCUAAUUACCUGCUACAGUCAAUUAUAAAAUGUUUUAAGCCAAUACUUGUAAGGAACAAAAAAGUUAUGAACUAGAAUUAAUUGCUUUUGUGCAAGAUCAAAAGUGGUAUGGAAAAUUCCCUGUGCAAUACUUAAGUUGGUAUAAAAAUUCUAGACUUUUGAUUACACAAAAGCUUGUGCAUUUAUCAAACAAAUAUAGGGAAUUUAAAUUAAGAAUAUUUGACUAUUUAAUGCACAGAACCUAGCAUUUUGAAAUAAUAUAUAUAUAGUGCUUAGCAAAAUUGACUAUUGUUUUAUCAACUGAUACAUUAUAACUAUAUUUUGUUAAAUAUUAUUAAAAAAUAUCAUGAAAUAAAAUUGUUUGAUAUAAAUUUAUUUCCAGUUACAGAAUAAAGAUAGUUCAUUGUGAACCAGAUCUUGUACAAAUUUACUGACCUUUCAAAAAUUUUACUCUACAUCAUUGAAAAUCUGUGAAGCAAAAAAAAGUAAAUGAAAAAAUUUUCAAAAACAAGACGAAACUUUUUUUUUUUUCAGAACUGAGUGGUUUAUAACAAAUUUGUCUCUUUAAAUGGAUUUGGUUUCAAGACUUCAAAACUUUUCACAAUAUACCCCUCACACCCUUCAAAAAAAAAGCCAACUUCUUAUGUAAAUUAUUCAAGAGAUGAUUUCAAAAUCAAAAAUAUCUUUACACACACGAGUCUGAAAUAUUGUAAUGCUUUCACCUUCUCCGUCACUCUUUUUUAAUGAUAUUAACUAGAACUUAUU